AUGUCUUUCAAUCAAAUGUCAGAUUGCAAACUUCUUGAUAUGGUUGCACAGAAUAUGAUUAUAUUAAAAAAAGAAUUCUUGCAACUACAAGGAGCUUAUGAGGCACAAGGGGACCAAUUAGCUCUAAUGAGGGCUGAAUUAGAAGAACAUUGCAAGCAGUCACGCAAUCAACACCUUUUUUAUUCUAAUCAGAUCCAAGGGGCUGCCGCAUCCAUCCAGGCUGUGCAAGAUCAGUUACUUCAUAUAUCCAUUACUUGUCCUACAGCCCCACCUCCACCACCUCCUCCUGCUGGCACUGGCACAGCCACCACCUCCCACAAUCCUCCAUCUGCUGUAAUGUCUUCCAACUCUGAUUUAAAAUUUGCCAAACCCAAUAAGUUCAGCGGCAAAAAAGAAGACGCCCUCAAUUUCAUUAUUGCCUGUCAAGCUUACAUAAGGGCAAAGGGGGCCAACCAAUCCCACAAAGAAAAAAUUCUGUGGGUUACAUCAUAUUUUGAAGGAGCUGCUGAGGACUGGGUUUGUCCAUAUAAGGAAAGGAAGGUGUUCAGGGGAGAAGCAGUUCCUCUUCUAGAAGAUAUUGAUACGUUUUGGGCCGAAUUUACCAAACAUUAUGUGGACACUAACCGCAAUGAGAAAUAUUGCCAAAAAUGGAACAACUUGCGGCAGAAGGCUUUGGUCCAAGAAUAUACUUGUGAAUUCCAACAAUACUCAGUGUCCUUGGGUUACAGUGACAAAACCUUGCGUGAAAGGUAUUACAAUGGCCUUAAAAAUGACAUCAAGGACAUCAUGCUCUCCACCAUGUUCCAAUGGCGUUGCGCCACAGCUCAGCAAGUUUAUGAUAAGGCAGAGGAGAUUGCAAAUCAUAUUGAAUCCACUCGUCUGUCCAAUCCAUUGGUCUCCACUAUUUGUAACCCUUCCUCUGCUGCCCCCACUUCCAACCCCACUCCCACUUGUACUUGUCUUAAUGUUGGAGAUAAUGUAUAUAUGAUUGAUCCUACCACUUGUUGCGCCAAGAAAGGCGCCAUUACUUCAAUUGUGCGCACUACUUUGGGCAACAUGCCAAAUGUUAGGUGGAAUGGAGAAUCUAAAGACACAAUGAUUCCAUUCCCCUCCCUUAAAAAGGAUGAACGCCCCGCUGCAGCCGCCCCAGUUAAGCCCAUUAUUGCUCCCACUCCUGUUCUGGCUUCAAACUCUAAGGGACCAGGCCCCAUGGAUUUGGAUGGAAGAGGAUUUUCAAACCUUACAUGCCAUGUAUGCGGCGGAAAAGGUCAUUUUGCACGCAAUUGUCCCUCCAAGCCCAUGUCUGGACAUGUGGCUAAUGUUGAAUGGUCUUGGGAAAGGCCUAAAGAAGAAAAUCAGAUUGAAGUUGUUUCUGAUGAGGAGGAGUUGGGAAAAGGAAAAGCCAAGGCUGACUAA